ACGCCAAACAAACUCCCAUCUUCUUAAAUAAACUUCACCUCGUAGAAAAAACGAAUCAAAAGCAUGUGAGUCGGUCCAAAAAAACUCCCUCCGUCUCUCUCUGAGCUUAGCUGUGUUAGUUAAGUAAUUUUUCCUUACGCGCAUAUUCUUUCCUUCCUUCCAUCCUUGAACCCGUUAUUAUUAUUAUGCUAAUUAAAUCCCUCCGGCAACCCCUCCCUUCCUUCCAUUUCUUCUAUCUCUAAUCACUAUUAAUUAAUAAUAUUAAUCAUAAUCAUAAUUGCAAUUUUUAAAUAAUAAUAAUAAUAAUUAAAUUAAUUAUAUGCAUCCUUUUUGUUGUGUUCCAGUCGAUCACAACAACAAUUCGAUGCCAGCUGUCACCGUUACCGGAUCCGAUCAUCAUCAAAUUUAUAAUAAUAAUAAAAACAAUCAUCUUAACGGCCUGAAUCACGUGAGUUUUGAUUCGGUGUUUGAUGGUACACGGCAACCUACCAUGAGGUUGCUGUUAAAUAAUAGCAAUAAUAAUAAUAAUAAUAAUAAUAAUGAUCAAAGAGAUGUGAAAAUAAAUGAUAUUGUAGGUAAUGGAAUAUCAGGUAUUUUACAUAAAUGGGUUAAUUAUGGUAAAGGUUGGAGACCUAGGUGGUUUGUAUUACAAGACGGUGUUUUAUCUUAUUAUAAAGUCCACGGUCCUGAUAAAAUUAUUGUUACUAAGGAGACCGAAAAAGGCGCUAGGGUUAUUGGUGAGGAAUCCUUUCGUCGGUUGUCUAGGAACCGGAAUUCGAGCUCUAGUGGCUCCAGUUCUAGUCAUUCGCACCGGAAACCGGUUGGUGAGGUUCAUCUUAAGGUGUCGUCGAUACGAGAAAGUAGAUCAGAUGAUAAGAGGUUUUCGAUAUUUACGGGGACUAAGAGGCUGCAUUUGAGGGCGGAUAGUAGGGAUGAUAGGCUUGCGUGGAUGGAAGCUUUGCAGGCUGUGAAAGGGAUGUUUCCUCGGAUGUCGAACAGUGAAUUGAUGGCUCCGAUAGGUGGUGUUACUGUGUCGACGGAGAAGUUGAGGCAACGGUUAUUGGAAGAAGGGGUAAGCGAGGCAGCGAUUCAGGAUAGUGAGAAUAUUAUGAGGAGUGAGUUUUCGGCAAUGCAGGAUCAGUUGGUGCUUCUUAAGCAGAAGCAUUUGCUUCUCAUGGAUACACUGCGUAUGCUAGAGACAGAAAAGGUUGACCUCGAGAACACAGUAGUAGAUGAGAGCCAAAGGCAGUCAAAGGAGGUUGGGGCAACCUCGAGACAGAGACAAGAGAAAUACAGUGCAAGUCCAAGUGAAUCCGAGGAUGAUAAUGAUAGGGGAGAUGCUGCAGAGGAAGAGUCAGAUGAUGAAGAUAAUGCCUUUUUUGACACUCGUGAUUUCCUGUCAUCUGGUUCUUUUCGAAGUACCGGGUCUGACAUACGGUCAUCAUCUUUUACAUCUGAUGAUGAAGACCAAGUCAACGAACCAGAAAUCGAUGCUUCUAUCAGAUCAGUUGGUACUGAUUUCCCUCAUGUUAAGAGACGGAAGAAGUUGCCUGAUCCCGUUGAAAAAGAAAAGGGUGUAAGUCUUUGGUCAAUGAUCAAAGAUAACAUAGGAAAAGAUCUGACCAAAGUGUGCCUUCCGGUUUACUUCAAUGAACCUAUAUCUUCUUUGCAAAAAUGCUAUGAAGAUUUGGAGUACUCUUAUCUUCUUGACCGAGCAUAUGAAUGGGGCAAAAGGGGUAACAGCCUUAUGCGGAUUUUGAAUGUGGCUGCAUUUGCAGUUUCUGGAUAUGCGUCAACUGAAGGAAGAAACUGUAAACCAUUUAAUCCUUUGCUAGGCGAGACUUACGAGGCAGAUUAUCCAGAUAAAGGACUGCGGUUUUUUUCUGAGAAGGUGAGUCAUCACCCGAUGAUUGUAGCAUGUCAUUGUGAGGGUAAUGGAUGGACAUUUUGGGGAGAUAGCAACCUGAAAAGCAAAUUUUGGGGUCGUUCAAUUCAGCUUGACCCUGUUGGGGUUUUAACUCUAAAGUUCGAUGAUGGUGAAGUUUUUCAAUGGAGUAAGGUUACAACAUCCAUUUACAACCUUAUACUGGGGAAAUUGUAUUGUGAUCAUUAUGGCACAAUGCGUAUCCAAGGAAACCAGAAUUAUUCCUGCAAGCUGAAAUUCAAGGAGCAGUCCAUCAUUGAGCGUAACCCGCAUCAGGUUCAAGGCGUUGUUCAAGAUAGGAGUGGAAAGACUGCAGCAACAUUAAUUGGAAAAUGGGAUGAGAGCAUGCAUUUUGUGAACGGAGACUGUUCUGGGAAGGGAAAAGGUGACCCCUUUUUGGAUGCUCAUUUGCUCUGGAGAAGAAGCAAGCCUCCAAAGGUUCCCACUAGAUAUAAUCUAACCCGAUUUGCUAUUACAUUGAAUGAGCUUACCCCUGGAUUAAAGGAGAAGCUUCCACCUACUGAUUCAAGGCUAAGGCCAGACCAAAGGUGUUUAGAAAAUGGCGAGUAUGAAAUGGCCAAUGCAGAGAAGCUAAGAUUAGAGCAGCGUCAGAGACAGGCACGGAAAAUGCAAGAGAGUGGGUGGAAGCCACAGUGGUUUGCAAAAGAUAAAGGAAGUGAUAGUUUUGUUUACACUGGGGGUUAUUGGGAGGCCAGAGAACAAGCUAAAUGGGAUUCAUGUCCUGAUAUUUUCGGACAGUUUUCUUCAGAUCAAACAUUCGACUGAGUAAGCUUUAGUAUAUACUUGCUGCAAAUAUCAAAUCUGGAAGAUAACGAGGUUGCUGACAAGACGGUACCAGCAGGAUCCAUGAAGAUAUUGAUAGGCGUUUAGAGGGCUGCAUUUGUACUCUUUUUGUGUUUUGUUUCCUAUAAACCCCUUAACCCCUUUGUAUUUUUAAAGAACACUUGCUUUUAUUUGUUCCUAUAGUUUCACCCAUAAGGCCCCUGAUUUGUGGUCCUUUUUUAUACAUAUUUUUUAUUGGAGAAA